AUGCCACCGAAGAAACCGGCAACAACGAAAACGGCAGCGAAGCCCGCUACAAAAGGUGGUGCUGCAAAGGGCGCAGGCGCAGCGAAGCCGAAGCCAAAACCAGUCGCAGAAGCACCUAAAGGACCACCACUGCCAGAAGUAAAGUUGGAAGGUAAAAAAAUCAUACCUCUCCUUACAAACAGCGCUGAUGAAAUCAGAAAGAAAUAUGAAAGGUGGCCGUAUAUCGUUGAUUCCACUGGAGUCGUCCAAAGGUUACUCCGAUACAGCGAUGUUAAUGUCCUUGAGGUCAUGACUUCGGAUGACAUGGAUCCCGAGAGGAUACGAAAGGCAUUGCUAGGGUCGCUCAGAUAUGGAAAACCUCUUGUCUUUGAUAUGGGGGAUAUGGAUAUGACUUCCUCUAUUGAGCAGUUUCUGGACCGCAUUCAACCUGAUCUAACCAAAUUAAUACUCACAAAGAAAGUGCUGGAAGAAGAAUGUAUUGAAAAACUAAUAAAGACUACUGACGAAGAGGAUUACCAGAACUGCAUCUUUUACAAGCAAGAUGGAUUUAGUUUUUCUGUGAUAACGGUGAAAGAAGAGGUGUCUGACGAGACUAAAUCUAAGAUGUUCGUGGUCAGGGUAGAAUGA